CUUGCUGGAGCCCGCGGUCACCCGGGGAGGAAGGCGACGAGCAGGAAAAGCGGUGUCUUCGCCGGCUGCAAGGUGAUUUCCUUCGUCAGGUGUCCCCGCCGGCGUUAAGCGUUUUAAAACGUGGAGGGUCCUCAUUAGCCCCACGCAGUGGGACGCUGCUGUACAGCUUUCCAUUUUUGCCGGUGGAUGGUUCUAUCUUUCUGUGAUUUUUCGCAGAUGUAGAGACUCAAAUCACAUCUGAAAGUGAUUUUUUUAUUAUUAUUUUUAUUUUUUACUUUACCUUGACUGGGUAAUACCUGGUCAGCACUGUCUUGGCUAAGCGGGGAAAGGUAUCCAGCCUGAAUGGACAGGGCAACAUUUGCCUGUUCCACUGCCUUUUUUCGUGACUACAGCGCUUCAUCUCACGCUGCGUCCUGCCUCCCGACAGGACACGUUGACUUUAUUGAAAAGGUAGAAUCAUUCACUUACUCAGACUUUUUCCGGGAUUAUUUGAUUCCCAACCGUCCCUGUAUUUUCUCAGCUAAAUUCACUGAAGGCUGGGGCAGCAGGAGAAAUUGGGUUACUUGGGAUGGGAAGCCUAACUUCGAUUAUCUGUUGCAGAAGUUUGGAGAGGCUAUAGUACCUGUUGCCAACUGUGAUGUCAAGGAGUACAACUCUAACCCAAAGGAGCAGAUACAUUUCAAGGAGUACAUAAAUUACUGGAAAGAGUACAUUAAAAAUGACUACCGUUCACCCCGAGGGUGCCUUUAUCUGAAGGACUGGCACCUGAGCAGAGCUUUCCCAGAGCAAGAUGUUUAUACAACCCCUGUGUAUUUCACCUCUGACUGGCUGAAUGAAUACUGGGAUGCUAUAGCUGUGGAUGAUUACCGGUUUGUCUACAUGGGACCUAAAGGUUCAUGGACUCCGUUCCAUGCUGAUGUCUUCCGUUCCUAUAGCUGGUCAGCCAAUAUUUGUGGGAGAAAAAAAUGGUUGCUCUAUCCUCCGGGACAGGAGGAAUACCUCAAAGAUCGUCAUGGCAACUUGCCCUUUGAUGUGACUGCACCUGGUCUUCAGGACAGCAAUGUUUACCCUCGCUACACCCAAAGCCAACCCCCUGUUGAAAUAUUGCAGGAAGCAGGGGAAAUUGUCUUCAUCCCCAGUGGAUGGCAUCAUCAGGUUUACAAUCUGGAGGAUACCGUUUCCAUCAACCACAACUGGGUGAAUGGCUGCAACGUGGCUAUAAUGUGGUGCUUCCUUCAAGAUGAAUUAGCAGCUGUCCAGCGGGAAAUCAGUGAAUGGAAGGACCCUAUGGAUGAUUGGCACCUACAAUGCCAGUUGAUCAUGAAGUCGUGCACGGGUAUAGACUAUAAGGAGUUCUACAACUUCCUCAAAGUUAUUGCAGAGAACAGAAUUUCUGUCUUGGAAAAUGGCCUUGAUGAUGAAGCAUUAGCAAAGAACACUCCAAAAGCUGCCAUUUCCACCUUGGGCAUGCUCCAUGCAGUGUUUGAUUUAAAGAGGACUGUGAAGGUGUUAACAUCAUUGAGUGCUAAUGAAGAUUUCAAGAAACUAGACCUGACGUCACUUUCUCCACCUCCAGAAGCAUUGCUCCACCACUUGAAAGCAGCAAUAGAUACAGCGCUCCUCUAACUUCUAUUUAUUUAGUUCUCUGCAAAAUGAACCUUUUACAAAAUGAGUAUUUAUAGAAGAAUGACUCCUCCCUGUUUAAUAGCUGUUACAAUUUAAGUACAAAGAGCCUUAAUAUAGUGUGGAGAGAGUACAUUCAUAAGACUGAAUACUUUGUAAACUGCCAGCACUUGAGUAUCUAGAACAAUGGCACAGGGAGGAAAAAAAAAAAAAGAAAAUGGCAAAACUCAUAUAAUGUUGGCACUGUAGAGCAUGAUAAAUUGAUCCCUGCUAAGAAACAUUCCAACGUUCAGGAAAGGGGAGUAAAAAUUCACUGUGGAACAAGCUUUGGUCCAGCAGGGCUAAGCACUGAAAUGGCAGUGGUCUGCAUCAUACUUCCCCCUGCUUCUGAGGGCAGCGUGUAGACACCUAACCUGCACUGCAGGCUUCAGCAGUUAGGCUCUGCUGUCUCUGGUCAUGGCCUCAUUGCUUUAAAAACCUGUCCUGCUUCCAACAGUAGCUCAGCCUUCUUUUUUUUUUUUUUUUUUUUUUUCUUCCACGUUACAGGAUGCUAAUUAUUUAGCCUUCUUGAAGCCUGAGCUGGCUCAACAGCUGUAGCUUAGAUAUGCAGGAGCUCUCUGUUUCUUGUAUAGUGGCAUCCCUCUACAGCUGAAAGUCUCUGAUAGCCUCAGCCUUCAUCCUACCUCAGGCCCAGCAGGAUUAGAUUUAACAUACGUGGAAGGCAGAGUCAUGACAGCAAAUCUACCACUAAUAAUUUUACCCUGUGAGCCCCUCAAGCUCAAAAAGAGAAGUGUGAAUGGACUCUCUCAUUGCUAUACACUAUUUAAAGGCACAAUAUUUUUAUCAAGCAAAGACUUGAUUAGUCAGGGAUGUUGGCAAAUAGCCUCAUGUUAUCUACUAAAAAAAGAAGCCAUGCUUUUAACACACCCAUGGUUUCAGAGCACAGUUUACAACCUGAAUGCUACCCUUGGGCUAAAGAGCGUUUCCAGUGAAGCAUCACUCUUGCUGUUACUGAUUGGCAAGAAAGGCCAAAGCACAAAUGGCUGCAUACUGUUAACAGAGUUGCCCCUUUGGGCUCACUUGAAUUAUUGAUCCAAAACUUUCUCACUUCUCAACCACAGAAGACCAGUAAAAGCAACUACUAACCUUAUGUUUAGAAAGUGCAAUAGUAGAAGUCUUUGCAUUGCAUUGUUUUCUAAAUAAUCCUGUGGAGUUUGUGCAGUGCAUGCAUUUUGCAUGUCAUAUUUUGUAGUAGGUGUUCCUUCAUUGUGAAUAGGAAAUUGUACCUGAAAUUAAAAUCAAUACCCACAGCAUGGAAGAGUAGAGUAUGGAGAAAACAUUUUGUAACAGCUGUAACUACAUUUCCAUGAGUCAACCCUCUGGCAAGGUGUUUCUUUGGACUGGGAAAUGGCUAGUUUUAAGCAACUCUGAAAUUAAAUGGUCACAGCUGUCACUUAUGGCUGCUUACAUCCUCAAAGACAGGCAGAUGGCACUUUUCUUCCUUACAUGAAGGAGGUGAUAGUUCAUAGAGUUGUUACUAGGAACAAUGGUUAAAGCAGACAGUCAGGAUACUGACAGGAAAGUAUGUUUUUUGGUCUUGUAUUGCCCAGUCUCACUGCAUGCUGCGCAACCAGUACUGGCACCAACCACUAUGCAAAACAGCACCUUCAGCUCUGACUAUGUGACACCCCUUCUUCACAAGGCCUGCUAAGUCUUAGAGCAAUCAGUCCAAAACAAUGGAGAAAAAUUGCAUGACAUGAGCUUACGACUUAAGCCAUGUCCUCUUUAUGGAAUCUGGGGAGAACAAAAGCAUGAGGACUGGCUUUAUUGAUUUAGGUUCUCUUAACGGUUACAUUAGGAAACUAAUUUGGAGUUCAUAUUCUCCAGUCCCAUGAAUGAUCGAUCAAAGCAUCAAGGGAGCCACACAUGUUCUAAAGACAAGGAGGGAAGGGAAAUUCUCAGAACAGUCAGAAGACAGGACGAUUGAAUUAAAACACAGUAUGGAUUGAAUUAAACACAGUAUGCAAGCCUAGAAUCUCUCUUAAAAAUUAAACAGCUUUAUUUAAAUAGAAAGUUACCGUAAAAUAUACAUUAGGAACACUCUCAUACGAAUAUAUUAACUAUUGUAACCAGUGUACUAUUUAUUAAAGCAUAAUACUUGUGAUUA